CAGUGUUGUUCUUCGCAGACGUUCCGUUGUGUGUCCGCUGUGCGGUUAGCUAAGAGUUAAUCUUUCGACUAAAGCUCGGCUGUUUGGUGCCGUUGCCAGUGUACUAUAAUAAGAACCCGUUCCGAGCGUCAGUCCGUUUUUCGGCCAAGGCAAAUCGAAUCGUUUGACAAGGCAUCCCUUGCCAUCUGCCCUCCGCCCAUCCCCGAUUUUGUUUGUUGUGCACCGGACGUGCCGGACCAAUCCCAACUGUUGAAUCCGAAGGCCCCCGACACUUGCGUGUAUCACAGUACAAUGGCUGAGAAUGCAAACAAACGCAACAUCCCAAUCAAACUCGGCGACUUCAGCGUUAUCGAUACCGAAUUCUCCAGCAUUCGCGAGCGGUUCGACUCGGAGAUGAAGAAAAUGGAGGAGGAAAUGGCCCGCUUCCGCUCGGAUUUGAUGAACCGCGAGUCCAACUUCUUCGAAUCCACGUCCAGCUUCUCCUCAAAGAAGGUCGCUACCUCGUCCAGCUCCACGACAUCCAACGCCGGUAGCUCACUGAAGCAACCGCAGGCGCAAAGUGCGUCCGAUAUUAGCUCGCCACUGAUUCAGGAGGAUGGCGACAACAAAGUACUCAAGCUGCGCUUCGACGUUAGUCAGUACGCGCCGGAGGAGAUCGUGGUCAAAACGGUGGACAACAAGCUGCUGGUGCACGCGACGCACGAGGAGAAGACCGACACCAAGUCGGUGUACAGGGAAUACAACCGGGAGUUCCUGCUGCCAAAGGGAUGCAACCCGGAGCUGAUCAAGUCGUCGCUGAGCAAGGACGGUGUGCUGACGGUGGACGCCCCGCUGCCGCCCCAGGCCCUCACCGCCGGCGAGACGAUGAUCCCGAUCGCGCACAACUAAUGGCCCGCAUCCACCCUUCGCUCGUCCCGGCAGCUGCUAGGCCCAACCGGCAAACCCACACAUCAGUGCUAUUCAAUGUGACAGGCAGCUGGUUGUUGUUCAGAUCAGAUUCUGUACCGCUUUUAGCCAAACCGGCAGCAGCGACCCCUCUGCGAUCGUUGAUCGUCGGCGUCCGAGGUCGUGUCGCUUGAGUGUUACACCGUAUACCCUUCUUUCCGUUGUAGUUUUAUGGCGCGGUUUUUCCCUUCACGCCUGCAGCUAUUCGCUAGCGUACCUCCACUUCAUCCCGUUUACUUCAUUCGAUAUGCCCCGUGCUCGGAGCUGUUCUUUUGGUGGAUCAAACCUAGAACAUAAGGGUAGAUGAAUUAUUUUACUUACUGAAAUCGCAUUUUUAUUUAAUUGAUUUUACGAAACACUCACGCGUUGAAGAGGGGCAAAUAUAUAGUAGUAGUACAAACAGCUUGUUUACAAGUACGAUCAUCAGCCGGGGGAGGUAGGCGGACCGAUGGGAGUAUGAAUUAAUCUAUGAGCUGGUACAUCAUACAACGAGCGAACGGUUAUUUAAUUGAUUAACUUUGCAGUACACACGCAUACACUCAGAAGAAGCUUGAUGGAAAAAUGCUCUAUUUAGGCCCAGUGCCAUUAAUUGCUACCUUUUAUUUUUGUUUUUUUUGCUAUCUUGCUUCCAAUUACGUUUACAAAUUAUAAUUCAAGAAAAUGAAAGAACGAAACGAUAUUGCAUCUAUCAGUUUGAGUCGAUUUAAUUUGUAAGUUCAAUUUUCGCAAUUGUAUUUCGCUUAAAUAAACGUGCGAUACGCUUUUCACAUA